AUGGUCCGCAUCUCAGUCCUGAACGACGCGCUCAACAGCAUUGUCAACGCAGAGCGCAAGGGAAAGCGCCAAGUGCUCCUCAGGCCGUCUUCCAAGGUCACCAUCAAGUUCUUGAGCGUCAUGCAACAACAUGGCUACAUCGGCGAGUUCGAGAUUGUUGACGACCACAGAUCAGGCAAGAUUGUCGUGCAGCUCAACGGAAGAAUCAACAAGGCUGGUGUCAUCUCUCCCCGAUUCAACGUGCCCCUCUCCAGGAUUGAGGGCUACGCCUCCAACUUGCUCCCCAGCCGUUCCGUCGGACUUGUCAUCCUCACCACUUCGGCUGGUAUCAUGGACCACCACGAGGCCAGGCGCAAGCACGUCGGUGGAAAGAUUCUCGGAUACGUCUACUAA